AUGUUCAGAUGCAUCCUGAAGACGCUGAGGUUCCUGGCAUUAUCCGUGUAUAUACUCUUCAAAAGUUUCAUCCAAUGCAUAUUUCCUCCAUGCAAGAAGUCUUUUGCUGGGGAAAUAGUGCUUAUUACUGGAGCUGCAAAUGGGAUUGGAAGGCAGAUUGCCCUACAUUUUGCUCCUCUGGAAGCAACCUUGGUUCUCUGGGACAUUGAUGAAGAAGGUAACAGAGAAACAACCAGAUUAGCCAAAGAAAAUGGAGCUAAGCAAGUGUUUGCCUACUACUGUGACUGCAGCAAUAGGGAGGAGGUCUAUGAACAGGCAGAAAAGGUUAGAAGAGAAGUUGGGGAUGUUACUAUUCUAAUCAAUGAUGCUGGCAUACUGCACACCACAAAGUUUCUUGACACUCCAGAUGAUGUUUUUGAAAAAACCUUGAAAGUCAACUUCCUGUCUCAAGCUUGGACUUGCAAGGCCUUUCUUCCUGCCAUGAUCGCCUGCAAUCAUGGACACCUGGUCGCCAUGGCUAGUGCAGCAGGACUCUUUGGAACCUACAGAUCGGCAGAUUAUUCUUCUAGUAAAUUUGCAAUCAUUGGAAUGAUGGAAGCCAUUGAUUCAGAACUGGAUGAGGCAGGAAUACAUGGCAUUAAAACUACAAUUGUUUGCCCCUUUUUUGUGAAUACCGAAUUAAUUAGAGGUAUUGAAACUGAGCACCCAAUUUUACUUCCUAUUUACGAGCCAGAGUAUGUAGCCUGCAGGAUCAUAGAUGCAAUUCGAAAGGAAAGGAUGUAUCUGUUUAUGCCUCCAACUUUACACCUUUCUGGUUUGAGAACUUUAAUUCCCAGAAAAAUCACACUGCUCCUGCAAUCUUACCUGGGGUUCUACAAAAGCUUGGACAAGGUCAUAGGUCGGAAGAAGAAAAAUUGAAGCCAUAGUAUUUUCAAAACCUCAAGUGCCAUCAAACUGUUUUUUUCGGUAAAAUCAAUUUUUCAGCUCGUUCCUUCUUUGACAGAAAAAUUGCUUCUUGUAUAAUCCUUGACAUCACUCAGCAUACAAUAUAAUUCUAAAUAAUUGUCUUUUAAUCACUGAUUCUCAGCCAUAACCCUCUCUCUCAUUUUGUGACAGCACGCUGCUUACAUACUUAUCUGAGCUCUCAAAAAUACUCAGUAAAACCAGGCAUAGAUGCUUGACUUCAUUUCUUACUCUUUGAAUUCUCAGUUUCUGAGCAUAAUUUCAAAGCACAGGAAAAAUACACUAUUGUUCAUGCGUUAAGAAAAGCCAUAAAAAAAGUUUAACGUCACUCACAUUUUAGGAAUCUUAGAAGACCUAAACAAGGUUUAGUGAAUGCCCCCUCCCUGGAAGCAUCCAAGGCCAGGCUGGAUGGGACUUUGAGCAAUCUGAUCUAGAGGGAGUUGUCCUUGCUCACAACAGGGGGUUGGAACUACAUGAUCUUAAAGAUUUCUCCCAAACCAUUCUAUGAUUCUGUAUCAUCAGUUAGAAUAAACAAACCAUACAAAAUUGUUCCCAGUAGCCCCAGUGUGCUUUAUCUUAUAUUAAGCAACCAAGACACCUUUCAUGGACUGUAUUGCUUUCAGAGACUGAAACUUCAAGGAGAUAACCUGUUUGUUAGUGUGAAAUUUGUGAAUCCUAAAAGAGAAAAAAAGUUGAGGUAGAAGGAUUGGUGCAGUUAUGGGCUGACUCUUGAGAAAAUCUCUUCUUGCAACUGAAUGGAAGUCACUCCAUCUCCUUCAGCCAUCUCUCCAUGUAAAUGAAGCCAGAACAAAACAAUCACAGGGGAAAAAACAUUUAAGGAGAAGAAGAUAUGGAAUUAGUUAUGCCAAAGUAUGCUGGUACUUAAUAGCUAAAAAUCAGGUCUUAUACAAGCUUUUGGAAAAUGCUAACAGAGUUUACAUGACAGAAGAUAAAUUUCCAGCCCCAAAGAAGGAAUGUAUGAAGCACAGUUAUAGAAUUCCACACUGAGGAACUAAAGACCCCCCUAAUUAAUUACCUACUGCCUGGGUUUGUCACCAUAUUUGUACUUAUCUAACCCCAUGCUCAAGUGCUUCCUUUCAGCUGCAGGUUUCCAUUAAAGGACACACUUUCACUAAACUGUACUUUCUGAAAUCUCGCAUUUUUCAAAUCACACAUUCAUUCAAUACAUCCUUUGAAACACCCUGUGGAUAUUUCCCCUAUGAACAUUUUGUCUGAGAGCAGCAGAAACCUGUCUGAAAUUUGGCUCUUUGGAAAACUAGGUUCAUUGGUUUGAAAAACUCCCCAUCGUUAAGAUAAAUGUCCUUUUCUUCUGACUAAUGAGACAGGAACAAAGUCUAAAUUGCUGCCUGUGAAUAAUGAUCCUAUUUCCUCAGCUGAAAAUAAGUAUGUGAAUAUUGGGAUUCCUUUAAUCUGAAUGAGUGUUGUAAUUUAGUUCUCAGUCUAUGACUUUGUUUCAGUAACAGUAUGAAAUAGCAUGAUGUGUUGCUUGUGAACUUAUUGUGAGCCUGCACGUGUUUGAUAUAUAAAUUCAUUUCUUGCGUGGAGAGCAUGAAUGGGGUUUGCAAGGUGAGAGGCAAACAGAUGAAAACCUUCUGUAAAAUGAGGCUCCCACUUGAAGUAGUGUUCUGUUAGGGACAUUGAGAUUUGGUGGACUGAUGCUCAUUAAAAAUCUGGUGUGUCAGAAUUAAAUGCUUGCAGCCAAAGAACACAUUGGACACAAUAAGAAUGAAGAAUAAGGUAUAGGAAACAAUGCUUUAUUUUCUAAGCUGCAUUCCACCCACUCUGCACAGCCACUCUGCAGAGCCCUGUCCUCCAUGGCUGCACUCUGAGCCAAGAGCUCUCUUUGGCUCCAUUUCUCCUGGCUAAUCAGCUUGGCUCAAGAAGGAAUUUAUAAAGCUUAUGCUUUCUAAGGCUCACAGUGAUUUGUUAGAUCUUCUUAUCGGCCUUAGAAAUCAGUAACUCAUUCUUUUCUGUGAAAAUAUUUCAUUACAUAUUUGUACAGAAAAGAGAUGUGAUAGAUGAUGUCAUACAACCAUAAAACUGCAAGCCAAAACCUUUCUAUUAAUGUCCAGAAGACACAAUGGGAUGCUGUUCUGGGCUUUUAAUAAAAAAUUAUCAGUUUGUGUUUUGAAACACAGUCUCAUGCUUGAGAAGCAUCGCUGAGAUAUUGGCAACUCAUCAGAAACGUAUGCUUUCCCCUUUGAGGCUUUUGCCUGGUUCACUCCACGCUCAAAGAACGUCGCCGGGGAAAUGCUGCUGUUACUGAAGCUGCAGCUGGGACUGGAAGGCAGCUCAUCCUGCUCUUUUUCUCCCUGGGGAACAAUCCUGGUGAAACUGUCGACGAAGAAACAAACACAGCACCCAUAGCAGCCCUAGACUAAAUCAACCUAUGUAGCUGCAUCAACAGAGAGAUGAUUUGUUAUAUCAGAUAAGAUAUUGCUUUUCUCUCUUACUUCAUAACCCUUAGUGAAAUAUUAUUUCUUAGAGUGUAUUUUGUGUAUAGAGACAGUUGUAGAAUCAUGUUUCUUAUAAAUAUCAGCCAUAUUCUAAUUACAACCUUUCUGAGCAAAGUAGUAUUUAAAUAAUUGUAGGUCAUUGUGUAAUGUUAGAAAUCCUUAAAUAAACCUUAGUAGCAUCCACACACAAAUGCAAUUGUGAUCUUUUGGAUAUUUUACUGUCACUGAAACA